AUGGCUGCGAGGCGGCGCGGCAGGCGCGGGAGGCGCUCAGUGGCCCGAGCAGCGCGGCGCCCGGCGCGGCAUCCCCGGGGCCGCCCGCCCGCUCGCCCGCCCGCCCGCCCGCCGCCGGCCCGCCGCUCCGCCGCUCCCGCCCGCUGUCACCGCCGGGGAGCGUCGCGCAAGUGCGGGCCCGCUGUCAAACGGAGGGGCGGGGCCUCGCGCCCGGCAGGCCCCGCCCACAGCCGGCGCCGGGGUGCGUCGCGCCAGGGCGCCUCCGCCGGCAGACGCGGGUGGGCGUGGCGUCGCGAGGCGCCGCCCUCCGCCGCCGCCGGGGAGCGUCGCGCGGACACCACCCGCCGCCCAGGGAGCGUGGCGCAAGCCUGUCAAAGCCAGGGAGCGUCGCGCAAGUGCGCCGCCCGCGGCGGGGACACGCCCUGCUCCGCCCCGCGUCUGCCGCCGCGCCCGGCUGCGGGAGGGAAGGCGGGCGGGCUGCGGACGGUGCGGGCGGACGCGAGCGAGCCGGGGGCCGGAGCGCCCUCCGCGGAGACCGGCACUUGGCCCCGGUCCCUAGGCGAAGCCCCGCCCCGGCCGGGCCCGGCGCAGGCGCAGUGCGGGGCGGCCGGCGUGGUGUCCGGCGCGAUGGGCAGCCCGGCGCGGGCGCGCUACCUGGUGUUCUUCCAGUACGCGGGCACCGACUUCAACGGGGUCGCCGCCGUCCGGGGCGCUCAGCGCGCCGCCGGGGUGCAGGACUACCUGGAGGAGGCCGCCGCGCGGCUCAAGUCGGAGCUGCCCGUCCGCCUCACCGUGUCCAGCCGCACCGACGCGGGCGUCCACGCGCUCUGCAACGCGGCGCACCUGGACGUGCAGCGCCGCCCCUGCCGGCCGCCCUUCCCGCCCGCGGUGCUCGCGCAGGCCCUCAACCGCCACCUGCGCCACCCGGCCGUCCGGGUGCUGCGAGCCUUCCGCGUGCCCGGCGACUUCCACGCGCGCCACGCCGCCACCUCCAGGACCUACCUGUACCGCCUGGCCACCGGCUGCGCCCGGAGCGACCAGCUGCCGGUGUUCGAACGCAGCCGCUGCUGGGCGCUCGGGGCCGACACGCUGGACCUGGAGGCCAUGCGGGAGGCCGCGCGGCACCUGCUGGGCACUCACGACUUCAGCGCCUUCCAGUCGGCCGGCAGCCCUGCUCUCAGCACCCUGCGUACCCUGCGCCGGGCCUGCGUGGGCCCGGCCCCGGCCAGCCCCUUCCUGCUUCCCCAGGAGAGCCGGAGGCUGCGGUUCUGGAACUUGGAGUUUGAGAGCCGGUCCUUCCUCUACAGACAGGUGCGGAGGAUGACCGCCGUGCUGGUGGCCGUGGGGCUGGGGCGUCUGAGUCCCGUGCAAGUGAAGUCCAUCCUGGAGAGCCGGGACCCCCUGGGCAAGCAGCAGAGCCGCGUGGCUCCAGCCCAUGGCCUGUUUCUCAAGUCGGUGCUAUAUGGGGACAUCGGUGCCCUCUCGGAGGCCCCAGACACCUGGGUUCACACACCACAUGAGGAGGCGUCCAAAGCCACCAGCCCCCUGGAAAUCAACCCCAUGGGGCCUUCCUCCUACCACCCAAUCCUGGGCCCAGUUCGAGGCCAGGAGGACCAGCAUGGACACAGGUGUGCGGAGCCGCAAGCAGCCUUCAGUCCUGUUUUUACUAGAAAUGGGACAGACUUUACUUAGAAACAGAAAUAAAGGUGAAAAGUGCCGCUC